AUAUUAUCAUAAACUUGCGUGAAGUUUAGGGUAUAACAUAAUCAUUUGAAAUUUAUCAACUCCAUAGAGCGAAGAAGAAGGAAGAAACCUCUUUGACUAUAUCAGAAUCUGAUCCCACCUUCCAAAAGUUCAGUCAAGAGUUUUGGAAAAUGGAAGGGACUGUGUUCACGCCUUGUUUGGAACGAAUGAAACAUGUCAAAUCUGAACAAGGCGAUAUGCUUACUAUGCCUUUUCUUGACCUCUGCAAGUCCCUCUUCCCUGUUAUAGGUAAGUUUGGAGCCGCGCUGACUAUGGUGAAAGCUGACAUUGCUGGCAACAUAUCGAGGUUGGAGAAGAACUACUUGUCUGAUCCAGACAAGUACAAGUGCUUGUACACCAUUGUUCAAGGUGAAGUUGAGUCAGAGACAGCAAAAGGAUCGUCUAGCUGUACCAACGGCCUUCUCUGGUUAACCAGAGCAAUGGAUUUCUUAGUGGAGGUAUUCCGCAACUUGCUAGCACAUCAAGACUGGUCAAUGUCACAAGCUUGUAGUGACUCGUACCAAAAAACACUUAGGAAAUGGCACGGAUGGCUCUCUAGCUCUACCUCUUCUAUGGGUUUAAAGCUUGCCCCAGACAGGAAGAAGUUCAUGGAGGUUACAGCUGGUUCUGGUGACAUGAAUGCCGACAUGGAAAGGUUUUGCUCAGAGUUUGGUAUGUUCCUUCAAGAAAAUCACAAAUUUCUGGCUAGUGUUGGUAUGGACGACAUGAAAGCUUCUUAAGCCACCAUAUGUUUACUCCCUGUCUCGAAUCUGGUGUUUCCUGAAACAUUUUCUCAUUUAACUUUUCUCCUUUGGAUUCUAAAACUUGUAAACCAUCCAAAAGAAACAGAAUAUUGUGUACAUUUCUAUCUGAAUGUUUUAUACUAUAAAGUUUAGGGAAAAUUGUCUAAACUGAAAAAAAUUCAGC